CCCGCCGGCGCUGGGCUGUCGACCUCACGCCCGGUCGUCUCUCCUGUUUCCUAGGUCCAGGCCGUCGCGGACACCAUGUCCGACUACCCCAAAAGCUAUAAUCCUUUCGACGACGACGUGGAAGAUGAGGACACCCGGCCGUCGCCGUGGAAGGACGCCCGCGACCCGCCCGACGGGCCCGAAGCGCCCAUGGACCGUCAGCAGUACCUGCGACAGGAGGUGCUGCGCAGGGCAGAGGCUACGGCCGCCAGCACCAGCAGGUCCUUGUCCCUCAUGUAUGAAUCGGAGAAGGUCGGAGUCGCCUCUUCCGAGGAGCUGGUCCGGCAGCGAGGAGUCCUAGAACACACCAAGAAGAUGGUAGACAAGAUGGAUCAGGAUCUGAAGACAAGCCAGAAACAUAUCAACAGCAUUAAGAGUGUGUUUGGAGGAUUUAUCAACUACUUCAAAUCCAAACCAGUAGAGACUCCGCCUGAACAGAAUGGCAGCAUUGCCCCUCAGCCCAGCAGCAGAUUGAAAGAAGCCAUAAAUACAAGUAGAGAACAGGAAAGCAGGUACCAAGCCAGCCACCCAAACCUCAGAAGACUGCAUGAUGAAGACCCCAUCCCCAAAGAGCCCGCUUCUGCUGUGACUACUGAUGUUUACCCAAAGAACUCGAGCCUUCGUGCCUAUCACCAGAAGAUCGACAGCAACCUAGAUGAGCUGUCCAUGGGACUGGGCCGACUCAAGAACAUAGCCUUAGGAAUGCAGACGGAAAUUGAGGAGCAGGACGACAUUCUUGACCGGCUUACAACCAAAGUGGACAAGUUAGAUAUCAAUAUAAAAAGCACAGAAAAAAAAGUUCGGCAACUCUAAAGAAACUAAAAAAGGAAUUCUACUCAGUUGUGAUGAAAAGAUUCAAAAGCCUCUUUUAAACUCCUAAGGAAUGUUGUUGAUUACACGGUAUGUAAUUUAACAUGUGUGUUCAAAUGUGGGUCUUAAGAAAUUUUAGUUUCAAUGGGAAAAAAUACGUGUGUUCCACAUUUUGGUAAGAUCAACACCUCUGAAGUUCUGUGAGCUGUCUGCUGAGUUGUAAUAUUAACACGGCAGACUAAUUGUGAACUUGAGCCUUGGACUGCUGUGCUGGGAGGGGAAGAAACCUGCAUUUCUCCUUUCGUGAGUGUGUGCACAGAUGUGGGUAGAAUGUCAGCCUCAGAACGGCUGCCUUCUGUUUACUCAUUUGCUGUGUUUCUCAUUCCAAGGCCUUAAUGUGAAUUCAGAUGUGAAGGAACCCUGGGCUUGUGGCAGGAGGAAGGGUCCUUCCACACCUCUACAUGUCAGUCAUUGUGAACAUGCCUGCACACACACUGAGCACACUGUAGCUCUCCCUGAAAACGACCCGUGUUAGAUCCACAAAUGGCCUCUGUUCUUGUCCUGUAUUUCAGUAGAAGGAUUCAGACAGAACUGCUGGACUUGACACCUGUAAGUGUAGAUAUUGGAUGAGUCCUUCUUCCCCACCUACUUUCCAUCUCUGGUGGGGACAGAUUCUCUCCACGGCUCAAGGCCAUCCAGAUAGUUGAUGGGGAGGAACCCAUGUGGAGUUGGUGGGCCUGAGUAUCACACAAACAAAAACCUUUCCACUGAGCCCUCUGCCUAUGGGAAUAAUACCAAGGCAGUGUUGAUGUGGUGCCUGAUGUCUCCAUAUCCACCUGGGACCUCCACCCAGUCUCUGUGUUUCUACAAAGUGCCCACCUAGUUUGAGGACUUAGACCCACAAAUGAUACUAACCUUCUGUAAGACAACUUGACCAAGAAAAAGCCCGGGUACAAUUUUAGCAGCUAGGCGUGUUGAUUCCCUUUAUCUUUCAAAUGAAAAUAUUUAGAAGCAUUAAUUAAAAUUGAUUUCUAGAACAAUUUUUCCUUGUUUUGGUACUUCCAAUAAAAUCACUGAAGUCAUAGAGUACUUGACUAUCUUAAAAUCAAAUUCACAUGUUUUGAAGAUGGUAAAUGGGUCUUUUUAUAAUAGUAAGGUAAGAAACUAAAAUGCCAGUACCUUUUUGCCUUAAAAGAUGGCUUGUGUACCAUGUUGGGACCCUUCCUUUAACAUCUGAAGUCUACAGUAUCAUAAGCAAAGCAAACAUCCGGGUUGUGGGGGUGGCCCAGUGGUUAAGUACCUGCUCUCCUCUCUCAGGGCCCUGGGUUGAUCUCUACCACUGGGUCGAGAAACUGAAAAUGGCAACAACAUGAUUACUGAUCAUGUAGCGACUUGUACACACUCCUGUCACAAAAUACCCAACCUUUCUGACAAUACAGAGUCAUAGAGACCAUGUAGCUGCCAGAGACAGACGCUGGAACAUUACUCAGUAAGCCGCAGCCUCGUGGCAAUACACAGAUUAAUGGAGAUGGGUUAAUUUAAGAUAUGAGGUAGCCAGAAAUAUGCUAAAGUCAUUGGCCAAGCAGUGUUUUAAGUAAUAUAGUUUCUGUGUGAUUAUUUCGUGUCUGAAUUGCUGGGCCGCUGGGAAACAAAACAAACGGCCUCUUGCCACAGACAAAAAGGAGUGCCAAUGUCCAUCUGUCCCUAGAUCUGAAGAUAUGAUUGUGAUGGACCUUUGUGAGCUCAAGGGCAGCCAGGACUAUAUACCAAGACCCUGUCUCAAGCAAUAUAGAGAGACCAAUUCAUAUAUAUUUCUACUUGUGAUUGUUUUCAGCUUUUCUGUUUUUGUUUUUUAUUUUUCUAAGACAGGGUUUCUCUGUAGUUUUUGGAGCCUGUCCUGGAACUCACUCUUGUAGACCAGGCUGGCCUUGAACUCACAGAGAUCUGCCUGCAUCUGCCUUCCAUGUGCUGGGAUGGGAUUAAAGGCUGUGACACCACCACCUGGCUGUUUUCAGUUUUUCUAUAAAACCUUCCAUGUGUCAUAACUAUUGCUUUUUAUCCGCAUCAGCCAUAGCCUUGUGGAGUUAAUCACCUGAGAGCACCUUCCCUUAGCAGCCGAGUGUCCAUAGUUAGUGGACUUGAGGCAAAGGAGCAUUUGAUGCUCCUUCCUUCGUUUUGUUAAAUUAAUGAUUUCAAUCUGUCUCCUUUCCCAAUCUUUUUAACUCCAUGAGUGUGAAACCUGUCCUCCUUCUAAUGUUUAGCAUCUAAACCAUUAGAGGGCCUCGAGCAUUUUGUUCUGUUCUUCAGACUCAUGCUGUGGUCUGCUGAAAUUGUCCCUUGGCCAGCUGGAGACUGCUGGUACCAUUAAAGGACCUAAGGAAGGUCCAGAGUCCUUAUCACAUGAUAAUUGUGACCAGAUCUGCUGGCUGACAGGUGGAAUCACAGCACUUAGGAGGCAGGAGGAUUGCUGUGAGUUUGAGGUUCAGGAUGAGAUCUUUUCUCAACAGAAUUCAUGGCUGUGGUGGGGAGAGGAAGGACUCAUCCGUGCACGCUGGCCUAGGAAGUUAGUGGCAGUGGAGUGAAAUGGGCUUCCAAUGUCACAGAGCAGGCCAGUGAACAUAUCCUUGACAUGUGAGGUCUGCAAGACAGACACAAACUGUCUUCAGAAAGGUGACGUUUGUAACUUUAGGUCAGCUAUAUGCUAAGCGUGCUACUAAAAUAAGUGCAUUCUCCUUCCUUCUAUCACGUACUGACCUGGAACCUAGCCACACUAGAGUGACCUCAUGAAUUGUUUCUCCUCAUUCUGUAGGAGAGGCACGAAGUUCAUUCAUGUAAUAACUAAAAAAAGAUAGCGAUGCGUUUUCUCUUUCUCCUUAUAAAUAAAUGUGUGAUUUUAAGUGUA